AUGGACCAUUCGCCGUCGCCGCAUCACCGCAAAAUGUCGUCCAACGGGCACCUGAUGCCGUCGCUGAUCGGACACAAACAGCAGCAGCAGCAUCAGCAGCAGCAACAACAGCAACAACAACAGCCACCGUACCCGACAGACUACUACCGUAAGAGCUUUGAGAGCGCGCCCAACGUGUCGGCCUCGAGCUCGGCAGCCGCUGCCUCUUCAACUUCAGCAGGAAUGGGAUCUCCGCACAUGUCCCACUCACAACGCAGUCUGUACUACCACCAACAGCAGAUGGGUCCUUUUUCGCCCUCGCAACCGCAUCCGCAGUUCCAGACGUCCAUGUCCAACGCCCUGUCGACCCAACAGCUGCCCCACCCGCAGCUCAUGCACCAAUACGAGCCCUCGUCGCCUGUGUCGACCCGCAGACCCUCACACGAACCCAGCCACUAUCCCCCGACGCAGACACAGUACGGCCUGCCCCCCGGGCUCCAGCAUCAACAACAUUCGUCGCCACAUGAACCGCUGUAUAGGUCGCAACCCGGCACGCCACUGGCACCUCAGAUGCAGCCCGGCACUCCUCUGGGAUCAGUGCAAAUGUCCUCUUCACCUGUAACGCCCCAAUCGGCUUCUUACAACCCCUGGGCGUCCCCUCACAGCACCCCCGCAGGCAACUACGCCCGAUCGCGGGUGUCACCGGUGCGCAAAGGCCAACCAUCUCAACAACCCCAGCAGCAGCAGCAGCAGCAGCAUCAACAGACACCCCAGCAGCAUUACAAUCCCGCCAUGCCGGCAACAAAGCCAUACUAUUGGACGCAACAGGCACAACAAACACCUCAAACACAACCACCUCCCAUCACAGCUCCUCAGUCGGCCCCUCAAGCGGUACACGUGGCUCCUCAGCCCAUUCAUGCAGCUCCACCACAGCCACCGAUACAGCCUCAGCCGCAACCGCAGGAGCCGCCUGCGUCAAUUCCUCCUCCAUCCUUCCGACCGGUUGAACGGGCUUCUGACCUCAAUCCCCAGGUCAACCCAAGACCCCAGAAUCGUCGGGCAAUCCCCGAGGGCGGCUACAUGUCGCCUCUCAUGUGUCUGACGUUGCAGCUGUCAGCCACGUACCAGAUCUGCAACUCGGGCUUCAACUACGAGUCGUCCAAGAACCCACGCAGGGUGCUCACCAAGCCCAGUGAGCCGAAGCUUAACAAUGGCCACGACAACAGAGACAACGACUACAUUCUGUACGUUAAUGACGUCCUGGGUACUGACGAAAACAAGCGCUAUCUGGUACUAGAUAUUUUGGGUCAGGGUACGUUUGGGCAAGUGGUCAAGUGCCAGAACAUGAAGACUAAGGAUAUUGUGGCGGUCAAGGUGAUUAAGAACAACCCAGCGUUCUUAAACCAGAGCAUGAUGGAGGUGUCGAUUCUUGAGUACCUGAAUAACUCGGUCGACAACAAGGACGAGCACCACAUUUUGCGGCUCAAGGACAAGUUUUUGCAUAAGCAACAUUACUGUCUCGUGUUUGAGCUGCUGAGUUCUAACCUCUACGAACUUCUCAAACAGAACCAGUUCCGGGGCUUGUCUAUCAAUCUCGUCAGGGUGUUUUCUCGCCAGCUUCUGGACUCUCUCACAGUGCUGAAAAACGCCAAACUCAUCCAUUGUGAUCUCAAGCCCGAAAACAUUUUGCUCAAAAACCUCGAUAGUCCCAUUAUCAAGGUGAUUGACUUUGGGUCUGCUUGCCACGAAAGAAAAACUGUCUACACAUAUAUCCAAUCGCGGUUUUACCGAUCGCCCGAGGUGUUGCUCGGUAUCCCAUAUACCACCUCCAUCGACAUGUGGUCCAUGGGCUGCAUCAUUGCCGAGCUAUUCCUCGGUCUUCCCAUCUUCCCUGGAGCGUCUGAGUACAACCAGCUGUCUCGAAUAGUGGCAUCUCUGGGUGACCCUCCUAAUUGGAUGGUUGAGAUGGGCAAGAACAGCGGCAAGUUCAUGGAAAAGAUUGUGGACGACCAGGGCCGCAAGCGAUACCGGCUCAAGUCGCGGGAGCGAUACUCCCGUGAGUUUAACGUGGAUGAAAAGGAGUCCAAGCAGUACUUCACAUCUGCAAAUCUCAAAACCAUUAUCAUGGAGUACCCCUUGCAUAAGAAGGAUAUGAAGCGGGCGGAUAUUGACAAGGAGAUGCUCAACCGCGAGGCGCUGUAUGAUUUCCUCAUGGGUUUGCUCAACUACAAUCCCUUUGAGCGGUGGACUCCUCAACAGGCGGCAUCUCAUCCGUUCAUCACCGAGUCCAAGUUCACAGGUCCCUUUGUGCCACAUCCCAAGGAAGAAAAGGACGUCUUCCACCCCACACCGACAGCCCAGCCCAUUUCGCAGUCCCAGCCUCUACACGCUCAGGGCCAGAACGCCAAUGCCAUGGUCCCCCCCGGCCCAGCUGCAGGCUCCUCCGCAGCUCAGACGUCUGCUGAGGCGGCGCAGUAUGCACACAUGCAGCCUCCUGCCAACUGGAGCACCGGUCUGAAGCAGCAGAACUCGGGUUCGGGUUCGAGACGACCGCGAGCGUUGACAUAUGGAUCCAUGGAUCCCAUUCCGCCGCCUAUUCAGAGAGCAACGGCUAUGGUUAAUCCUGCGGACCAUAUCCAGGCCCAACCCAGUCCCGCGUACAUUCCUCCAUCAGAGCUGACCAGGAAUCACCAGGGACAGGGAAACGAGUAUGGUGAGGUGGUGAGAAAGUUGGAGAAUGGGUUGAUGAGUCGGUGGUAG